UACUACCCUACAUAAAUUAGAAUUAGGUAAAGAAGCAUAGUAGAGGAAGAUACGAGAAAGCAUGUUAAAUGACAAUUACUUCAUUUCAUUUAUUAUUCCCUCCAAAUCCUCAUCCACAUCAAUUAGUAGUACAGUUGUGAUAUAUAAUAUAUUCUCUUUUUUCCUUUUUCCGUAGAAAUCAAGAAAAGAAAAAAAAAAACAAGAUUUGAUAUCCAAUUAAUUUAUCCAAUCCCAUUCCCAACACCAACCAAACACAAUCCAGAUUCGGAUUUUGAUUUCUCUCAGCUCAGAUGGCGGCGCCGCCCACUUCCGGCACAACCCUGAACGACCUCCCCGACGUGAUUCUCUCGAACAUAAUCGCCGCCGUGGUCGACGUCCGCGGCCGCAACUCCGCCGCCCUCGUCUGCAGCAAGUGGUACGCCCUGGAGCGCGCCACCCGCUCCUCCAUCACCCUCCGCGCCAACCUCCGCGACCUUUUCAUGGUGCCCAACUGUUUCCGAUCCGUCUCCCACCUCGACCUCUCGCUCCUCUCUCCGUGGGGCCACCCGCUCACCUCCGCCUCCGACCCCGCCCUCAUCGCCCACCUACUCCGCCUCGCCUUCCCUUCUCUCACCUCCCUCACCUUCUACGCACGAAACCCAUCCACCAUUCAGCUAGUAGCUUCUCAGUGGCAUAACGUCGAACACCUUAAGCUCGUGAGAUGGCACCAGCGGCCUCAGGUGGAAACCGCCGGCGACGAGCUCAAAAUACUGUUCUCCGAGUGCGGGAAGAACCUCAAUUCUCUCGAUCUCUCCGCUUUCUAUUGCUGGACGGAUGACGUGCCUCCCGCGCUGGAGUCGUGCCCUUCAGUUUCAUCCAAUCUCACGCGCCUCAAUCUCUUGAACCCAUCGUUCUCCGAGGGUUUCAAGUCCGACGAGAUUAAAUCAAUCACCAAGGCUUGUCCCAAUCUGAAGGAAUUUCGGGCCGCCUGUAUGUUCGAUCCGAGGUAUAUGGGCUCUGUCGGAGAUGAAGCCUUGGUUUCUGUAUCAGUCAACUGCCCGAAACUUUCGAUUCUUCAUUUGGCCGAUACAUCUGCUUUGUCGAACACGAGAGGCGAUCCGGAACACGAUGGAUUCACACAGGAGGACGCAAAGAUUAACGUUGCCACUUUGAUUGAGGUUUUUUCAGGGCUUCCUCUGUUGGAAGAGCUCGUGUUAGAUGUUUGUAAUAAUGUCCGAGAGAGCGGUCCGGCGCUCGAGGUGCUCAAUUCGAAAUGCCCAAAAUUAAGGUCUCUUAAACUGUGUCAGUUUCACGGUGUUUCGUUACCGAUUGAGUCGAAGCUGGACGGAAUCGCCCUUUGUCACGGGCUCGAGUCUUUGUCGAUUAGAAAUGUAGGCGAUUUAACCGACAUGGGAUUGAUUGCGAUUGGCAGAGGUUGUUGUAGGUUGUCCGUGUUCGAGGUUCAUGGCUGCAAGAAUAUAACCGUGAGAGGAAUGAGAACUCUGGCUAGUUUGCUUCGCAGGACGCUAAUCGAUGUAAGAAUCUCUUGCUGCAAAAACCUCGGCGCGGAACAGUCGUUGAAAGCAUUGGAACCCAUACAGGAUCGGAUCGAAAGUCUUCACAUCGAUUGCAUUUGGGAUGACGGGACCGAAAGUGGGUUCGAUCUCAACGACAGUUUCGAUCAAGGCGAGGUAUCGAACGACGAGAACCACUUCGAAAGCCGCGGUUACAAUGAUUAUUACGAUGCUGCCACCAUAGAGAAUCCAAGCAAGAAGUGCAAAUACUCGUACGAUCUGAACUCUUCUUCCGAUUUAAACGGCUACGAAAACGGCAAUGUAUACGGGGAACGAACAUGGGAAAGACUGAAAUAUCUCUCGCUAUGGAUAGCAGUGGGGCAGCUUCUGAAUCCACUAACAAACGCCGGGCUCGAAAACUGUCCGAAUCUUGAAGAAAUACGAAUCAAGAUUGAAGGAGAUUGUAGGGAAUUACCAAAACCCUCCGAGCGAGAAUUCGGUUUGAGCAAUCUUGUGAACUAUCCUAGGUUGUCUAAAAUGCAUUUAGACUGUGGCGAGACGAUCGGAUACGCGCACACUGCACCUUCGGGGCAGAUGGAUUUGAGCUUGUGGGAGCGGUUUUAUUUAAUCGGGAUCGGGCAUUUAAGUUUGAGGGAGCUCGAUUAUUGGCCCCCGCAAGAUCGGGAUGUUAACCAGAGGAGUUUGUCUCUACCAGCUGCCGGUUUAUUACAAGAAUGUUUUGGGCUGAGGAAACUGUUCAUACACGGGACUGCGCACGAGCAUUUUAUGAUGUUUCUGCUUAGGAUACCCGACUUGAGAGAUGUUCAGUUGAGGGAAGAUUAUUAUCCGGCGCCGGAGAAUGAUAUGAGCACUGAGAUGAGGUCGGAUUCUUGUAGUCGAUUCGAGGCCGCUCUUAAUAGGCGCCAGAUUUCUGAUUGAUUUUGAUUGACGAUACGAAUAGUGAGGUGAUGUGACUAAUUACUGCACUUUUGUUUUUAUAUUUUUUCGGCGUCGUGUUUACGGUUGGUUUAAUGUCGCGUUAGACGUUUAUGUUUUGCCGAAUUUUGUUGUUUGAGUGUUUUGGCGAAACACAAAAGUAGAAAGAUUCACGGUUUGAUAAUGAUAUGCUCGGAAAAAAAACAAAAAGAAGGCGAAUAAAUUGAUAGGGGCCAUUUGGCUGGGUUCCGUAUAGAAUCGACAUUGUGUUUUCAUUGAACUUACUUUUUAUUUUUAUUUUUCCAUUACGAGAGCAAAAUAAGGUUGCUGAUCUUUUGGCAAUUACGGCUAUUAUUGUAAUGAAUUCUCAUGCUUGAAUAAUUUGGCUAUUUAUUUUUGGUUAUUUUGAUAAGAGAUGUUAAUGAAUGUUUUGUAAGAGCUA